AUGAUCGCUUUCUUGUUUCUCUCCCUGAUCACCUAUUCCCUAGCCGUCCCUCAAACUAUUUUCUGUCUCAUUCACACUGCCACACCCAGUCAUGAAACCAGAGUAAGCAGAUAGUUGUUGUUUUCCAGAAACGUUUGAGUUCUCAGGCCAAAACGAUACUCGAAACGUGGGCUCAGCACUGCGAUGACUUUCUCUUUUUCACGGAUUCGAAGAUGGACGACUCCAUUCCUCAUGUCUAUUAUCCACUUUUGAACCACAGGGACCAUUCUUGGGAGAAGAUUCGGAGGGUGUUCAAGUGAGCCAUUUCUUUUUGUUCGCAAACAAUUAUUUCCACUUCAGAUAUGUUCAUGAUAAAGUCAGCAAGAAGUAUGACUGGUAUUACCGAGCGGAUGACGAUACGUACGCUUUGAUGCACAACAUGCGCGCAUUUCUUUCCAAUUAUACAUCGUCAAAACAACAUUAUUUAGGUCUUCGGUGGAAUUUCUUCACAGUUAGUUGUUCAUGAACCGAAUUAGCAGAUCAAGAUUAUUUCUUUCAGCCACGUGGAUUCAAUGACGGAUCAUCGUAUAUUCUCUCUCGACCUACAAUGGAGGCAUUCACUGAAGUGAUGCUCGAUCCCGAGAGAUGCCCGGAUAUGCACAGAGCAGAGGAAGAUCAGGAACUGGCCAAGUGUCUAGCACACAUGGACAUCUAUCCCGAGGACAUUCGAGACGAAUUUGGAUCGGAACGAAUACAGCAUUUCCAUCCCAUCGAACAAUAUGACAUCUACAUGGACACCUUCAACAGGCGGCUCGCCUACUACCCGGUGAUGAAGGGAGAGGAAAACUUCAGCAGCGGAAUGAUCAGUUUCCAUCACAUAUCUCCUUAUGAAAUGCGAAUGAUGGAUUAUAUUUUCUAUCACUUAGAUAAACCUUAA